AAAUUUACUCUGGAGUGCUUAUACAGAAAUGCUAUAUACAGAUUGGAAACUCAACAGUUUAGUUCAGUUAUUAUAAUUUUUUGACAGUACAAUGAGUCGAGAUUUCCACUGGUUACCAAAUAUACCAAAUAUACGAAAAAUGAAUGCUUUUAAACGUGAUAAAAAGGAAGAUGAAGAUGGAAGCAAUCAAUUUCAAAAUUUGGAGAAGACUACUGUGCUGCAGGAAGCUCGUACCUUUAAUGAUACACCAGUGAAUCCAAGAAAAUGUGCUCACAUUUUAACAAAAAUUUUGUAUCUUUUAAAUCAAGGUGAACAACUUGGGACAACAGAAGCCACAGAAACUUUCUUUGCUAUGACAAAACUUUUCCAAUCGCGUGACGUUGUACUUCGACGCUUAGUUUAUCUAGGCAUAAAGGAAUUAAGCUCCAUCGCGGAAGAUGUUAUUAUUGUUACAUCAAGUUUGACCAAAGAUAUGACGGGUAAAGAAGAUCUUUAUAGAGCAGCUGCCAUACGUGCUUUAUGCACUAUAACAGAUGGAGCAAUGUUGGCUGCCAUAGAAAGAUAUAUGAAGCAAGCUAUCGUCGAUCGAUCCGCAGCUGUGUCGAGCGCUGCAUUAGUAUCGUCGUUACAUUUAACGACUGUUUCAGGAGACGUAGCUAGGAGAUGGGCGAAUGAAGCGCAAGAGGCAUUGAAUUCAGAUAAUGUGAUGGUCCAAUAUCAUGCUUUAGGUGUUCUUUAUCAGGCAAGAAAGUCUGAUAAACAUGCGGUUAUCAAAUUAGUUGCUAAAUUAAUGAGGUCUAGUCCUAAAAGUUCUUACGCAGCGUGCAUGUUAAUAAGAAUGGCCUGUAAGCUUGUCGAAGAAGUUGAUGAAGGAUCAGAAUUUUUGGAAUUUAUAGAAUCUUGCAUACGUCACAAAUCAGAAAUGGUUGUUUACGAAGCUGCCCAUGCGUUAGUUAAUCUUGGAAGGAGCGGCACAAGAGAGAUCGCAUCAGCCGUCAGUGUAUUACAGUUAUUUAGUGGAUCUCCUAAACCAACGCUUCGAUUUGCCGCUGUUCGCACACUUAACAAAGUAGCAAUGUCUCAUCCGGCGGCAGUAAUCGCGUGCAAUUUAGAUUUAGAAAAUUUAAUAACAGACUCUAAUAGAUCGAUCGCCACUUUGGCUAUUACAACCCUACUAAAAACAGGAGCAGAAAGUUCAGUAGAUCGUCUUAUGAAGCAAAUUGCAACAUUUGUAUCAGAAAUUUCUGACGAAUUCAAAGUAGUCGUUGUACAAGCUAUAAGGGCCUUGUGCCAAAAGUUUCCACGAAAACAUGCGGUGCUGAUGAACUUCUUGGCAGCUAUGCUGAGAGACGAGGGUGGUCUAGAGUACAAGGCAGCCAUAGUGGACACGAUAAUCGCAGUGAUGGAAGGCAACGUGGAAGCCAAGGAGGCCGGACUCGCGCACCUCUGCGAGUUCAUAGAGGAUUGUGAGCACACUUCCCUGGCGGUGCGCAUCCUUCACUUGCUGGGCCAAGAAGGCCCGACCUCGAAACAGCCCUCGCGCUACAUCCGCUUCAUCUACAACCGCGUCAUCUUGGAGAGCGCGAGUGUACGGGCGGCAGCUGUCACCGCUCUCGCACACUUUGCGGCCGCUUGUCCCGCCCUCUUGCCCAACAUCCUUGUCCUUCUCUCACGCUGCCAACUGGAUUUCGACGACGAGGUGCGCGACCGCGCCACAUACUACUGCACGAUUCUUCAACAGAACGCCGACCCAGCGAUACUACCCCUCGUUCAACCACCUCAGCUCUCCAUACCGAGCUUGGAGAGAGCUUUGCGCAAUUACGUCAGAUCCCCCAUGGACGAGGAAUUCGACAUUUCCCAGAUUCCUCCGGCACAAGCGAUUGAAGAACCCGCGCAAGAAGUACUUGCAACGGUCAAGCCACAACAACCGAGAUUAACGAGAGAAGAAAAUUUCAUGGAGAAGCUCCUGCAAGUGCCAGAGCUAUCAGCAAUUAUUCACGACUCAAUUCUAUUCAAAUCAUCGACAGUCUUCGAGCUUACGGAAUCGGAGACCGAAUACAAUGUCAAAUGUAUCAAGCACUGUUUCUCGGAUUAUCUCAUUUUGCAGUUCGAUUGCCUGAACACUCUAUCAGAUCAAUUUCUCGAAGACGUACGAGUCACUGUUGACAACCAAGAUAUUUAUACAAUUGUGUGCGAAGUACCGUGCGUCCGCUUGCCUUACAACGAAUUAGGCUCAACCUACACAGUACUGAAAUUCCCCGAGGAUAUUCAGUCGACUAUUAUAACCCUACCCACGACGUUGCGUUUUAUAGCCCACGAUUGCGAUCCGUCAACGGGAAUCCCGGACGCCGAACAAGGUUAUGGUGACGAGUACACGCUGGAAGACCUAGAAAUAACGGUGCGAGAUCAGGUACGUGGCACGGGUUCCCGCAACGUCGACUUCUCGAGCUCGUGGGAAAACGCGGCGACGCGGGGAUUCGUCACAACUGAGCAGAUCUUUGGUUUGGGUGCGAACGUCACCACCCUGGAGGAGGCGAUACAGAGUCUCGUGAUGUUUCUCGGGCUUGAGCCUGUCGAGAGAUCGGACCGCAUAAAGUCUGGCGCGAGGCAGCAUACGCUUCUUCUAACCGGCGUCUUCCGCGGUGGCAAGGAAGUCCUCGCGAGGGCAAAACUCGUGCUCACUAAUCACGUCACAAUGCAGUUCACCGUACGAUCGCAGGACCUUGAAGUCGCCGAGCUUAUGAUUUCAUCGGUUGGCUAAAUGAAGAAGAUUACUAAACCAAGUUUAUUGAAAAUAAUGCUUUCGCGAUGUCGCACGAUCAGCAAAUCCAAGAACACUCAAGAUUGUUAUUACACGCGUGGUGAUGAGACUAGUGAUCGGCUCGCACAUUGUUGAUCUUAUGAACUCUAUUAUUAUUAUUAU